CCAAACAAGCAAGAAAUCAGCAGAGAAUACGAUGGCCAUCACGACAAGCCGCCACCCUCUUCUCCUCGUCCUCGUCUUCCUCGCCGCCGCCACGCUCGCAAGCAGCUCGUCGAAGCCGCAGCCCAGGUCCAGGCCGGCGGUCAGCCCGGCCGCCGCGGCGGACUUCGUGCGGCGGUCCUGCCGCGCCACGCGGUACCCGCAGGUGUGCGAGCGGAGCCUCAUGCCGCAGGCCCCCGCCGUGGGGCGCAGCCCGCGGCUCCUGGCGCAGGCCGCGCUCGCCGUCGGCGCCGACCGCGCCCGCUCCUGCUCGGGCUACCUCGGAGGCUCAGGCUCCAGCUCCAAGUCCAAGCGCUCCGGCGGCGCCCUGGGCGACUGCGCCGACACGCUGCGCGACGCGGAGGAGCGGCUGCGGCAGUCGGCGGCGGAGAUGGGCCGGAUGGGGCGGGCGGGGAGCCCCCGGUACGCGUGGCGGCUGAGCAACGUGCAGACCUGGGCCAGCGCGGCGCUCACCGACGCAUCCACCUGCCUCGACUCCCUCGCCACCUACACCGCCCCCGGCGCCGGCGCCGACGUCGACGCGCUCAGGAAGCGGGUGGUGGCCACGUCGCAGGCCACCAGCAACGCCCUCGCCCUCGUCAACCAGCUCGACCCCCAUCACCACCAGUAAAGUAAUCUUUACUACUGUUUCUGUACUAAUCUAACUCUCAAAUUGGCAGCACCAAUCACCUCUGUAAUCACUUCACUUCAUUUCACCUCAUCUGUAAUGAUCUCUCCAUCGCCUUUUGUCUCUCUUCGCACAUCACCAUGAAUCAUGGAUGCUUAACUAGUGAGUACUACUAAAGUAUUUUGCUUGCUUC